UAGUAGCCCCCCAGAUUUAUAUCUGAUUUGAACAAUUUAUUUAUAUAAAUUAUUCAACAUUUCACAAAAAUAUAAAGAAUUGAUUCUGUGCAGAAAUUCUGCUUUAAGUAAUUUCAUUUGACCGGUUUUAUCCACGAGACUGUCAAUUCUUAGUUUGUCUUAUUUGUCAGAAAAUAUGAUCUCCACUUGUAAACUGGCUGGGCGCGCCACCACCGCUCGGGAGAUGGACGCUGCGUUGGCACUUCUCCAGCUGCACGACCAAGCCCCACACAGGGCUCAAGAAUUGCCGCUAAUUGAGAACGGUAUGGACAUGGAUGACACAGCCACGGUAGCAUUGUAUUUGCUAAGAAUGUUCGAGCCAGCCAACGUCGAAAGCACCGCUGCCGUGAGCCAGCCCGGUCCUGUCGCGAGUUCCACACCGAAAGUUAAGAAGACAAUUUUAAAAAACAGAAACGCGAACUCUGUGGCUAAUGAUAAUCUGGUACCAAUAGGAUUGGGACAUGCCAAAGUCCCAUCCCAAUUACUGAACAGCAUUCGUUGGACUCCAAAAACAUAUACGAGCGCCACACGAAAGCUAUUGAUGGCAGUGUUUCCACGAAGCGUGCUGGCAACCCAUUCUUUGACGGGUAAGGCUUCUCCAGCCUUCCAGUACAAGCCAGCUAAGGAGAAACUAAAUGCACAGCUUGUGGAUGACAUUGUGCAUACCGUGGUGUCGAAAUGUGGCGUUGCGGCAAAUCUUGUGCGCACUAGCAUCACAACAAAAUGUGCAGAUGAGAGCAAAAUGCUUCGCUCUCGUCUAAAGAAGCAGACUAACAGUCGAAAAAAUCUCGAGAAUAGGGCACCGCGAUCUACGUCAGAAUCUAAUUAAACUGGAGUCCACAACUGAAGAACGUCGUCGCGCCGCGGAAAUGUGAAACCGAAAGUCAGAAAGACAAUGUUAAAAAGUAGAAACGUGAACAUUAUGGAUAAUGAUAAUCUGGUACCAAUAGGAUUGGGACAUGCAAAGGUUCCAUUUCGCUUCCUGAAGAGUAUUCGUUGGACUUCAGAAAGACACAAGAAGCCACAAGAAAGCUGUUGAUGACAGUGUUUUCAUGAAGUUAAAUAAUAAUACCUUUAAGUUUUGUUACAAGAAGAAACUAAUAAUGCCCAGUUCGUUGAAGACGUUGUGCACGCCGUGGUGUCGAAAUGUGGCGUUGCGGCAAAUCUUGCCCGUACUAUUUUCACAAACAAAACGUGCAGAUGAGAGCAAAAUGCAUCGCACACGACAAAAUAAAAAGAUCAAACGAAAAAUUCGCGAGAAUAGAGGCCUCUUCCGACGACAGAAACUGACACAACUAUAGUGUACCUUACAUCCUGAAGAACCAAAAUUCGCGUCGCGGAAAUUUGUCCUAGGUUAAAAGUGGCGGCAGUGAAGAUCGGUUGAGGACUUGAGGUUGAGCCAGUAGGCAGAUUUCCCACACGAGCUAAUGCAUUGGUACCAACGAGAUGGGGAUAUGCCAAGGUCUCGGUUACUCAAGAGCAUCCGUUGGACUAAUGUUGGACACCAGAAACAUACACUAGCGCCACAAGAAAGCUGAUGGCAGUGUUUUCAUAAAGGUAAAUAAUGGUACAUUUAAGUUUGAAAAAGGUUCAGAGAAAAAUAUAAAAAAAGCAGUUUUUAUUACAGCAUUGUAGGUUUAGAUAAAGUUCUAAAAAUAAUUUGAAGCGUUGUUGCAACAUAUUCAUUGACGGGAAAGCCUGCUCCAGCGUUCCCGUCCAGGAGAGCUAAGAAGAAGCUAAAUGCCCGGUUUGUUGAAGACAUUGUGCUCACAGUGGUAUCGAAAUGUUGCGUUGCGGCAAAUCGAAACCGGAAGUCAGAAAGUCAGUUUUAAAAAGCAGAAACUUAAACACUAUCUAUAAUGAUAAUAUGCUAAGAUGUUAUAGGUUGGUUCCGCUGGCGGGAGUGAAGACCAGUGAGGACUUGAGGUUGAGGCAGCAGGCUGAUUUCCCAUACGAGCUAAUUAAUGCAAUGUUAAGUACCUAGCUAAAUAUUCUUUAGAUCUUGUACUAAGUAUUUUUAAUAUCUGUAUAGUAGUAAUUAUAAUAAAAAACAAAAGUUCAAAUGUAAUUAGGCAGUAGGUCUGCCUAAUUACAUUUGAACUUUUGUUUAUUUUUUUUUUAAAUUGAUUUUAAAUUCCUAGAUAUAAAUCUAGUUAAGGCUACCACUAAUUCUGCAACAGAAGAUGCUAAUCAGAAUGAAAAAGUAUAUUUUCUAUAUAGUUUAACUGAACUAGUAUGACUCUUCUUCAGGUGUUCCAGAUCUUAGAUUUUUAUACAUCAACAGAAAAUGCUCAUCAGACUGACCAACUUUUGUUAAGGCGCUUUUGUCAUAUCUGUUAUAGUGUAGCUGGUGGCUGUUGGAGUUCAUCAUCAGGUGUUCCAUAUCCUCGAUUUUUAUACGUCAUCAGAAAAUGCUCAUCAGACUGACCAACUUUUGUUAAGGCGCUUUUGUCAUAUCUGUUAUAGUAUAGUUGGUGGCUGUUGGAGUUCAUCAUCAGGUGUACGUCAUCAGAAAAUGCUCAUCAGGGCGAACAAUUUUUGUUAAGAUAAGAUCGAGUUUAUUGUGCAUUCGUUUCGAAGCGAACAACCAGAAAGAAAACUGUCCUUGAAAAAUUAACUUAGGGAAAAGUGCCUGUUAUUAAAAUCAAAUGAAUAAAUGCUUUUUAAUGUAUUUUUUUAAAUUCAAUGCAAUAUAUAUAUUAACCCUGUUUUCUAUAUAUUUUCCUUUCAUCAGCACUUGAUCACAAUCAUAAUAUGUUUCAGUAUACCUUUUAACCAUGUACUUUAUUGUGUAGGUACUUACAUGUUAUAUUACUGAUAAAAAAUUAUACAUAAAUUUAUAUUUAAAAAAUGGCAAGCCCUUCUGGCAUAAUAGGGACCAACACUGUUUGAAUGAGUUUCUUUCGGCAUUUCUUCUCAGCAGUGGUCGUUCCGAAAUGCUAGUAGUUUGUAGCUUUGGUAAACAUCAUUUAAUUUAGAAUAUGACGUGAAAAAAUGCCUGUGAAGGCC